AUGAAUCUCUUCAUUAUGGCAGUGCUGAAGCUUGGGAGCUUGAUAAGACACAUCCAGCUGAAAGUCAUUGCUAUUGAUGAACAGCUGAGAGUCAUUUAUGAAGAUAAUGUUCAUUUUGAUAAAGACCUUCCGGAAUUUAAGACCCAAGGUGGAGUCUAUAUUCACAGUGACAGACUGACAGUCACUUCUCCUGUGCUGAUGUGGGUCAAGGCUCUGGAUAUGAUUUUGGAAAAGAUGAAGUCUUCAGGCUUUAACUUCUCUCAAGUCAGAGCUUUGUCUGGUGCUGGCCAGCAACAUGGGAGUGUGUACUGGAAAAAAGGAAGCCUCCAAAUUUUAAAGAAUGCAUCAUCUGAACUGCCAUUACAUGAGUCACUAAAGGCUUGUUUUUCUGUCAGUAACAGCCCCAUCUGGAUGGAUUCUAGCACAGCUUCCCAGUGCAGUGCUCUGGAGAAGGCCGUGGGGGGAGCACAGCACCUAGCAAGCAUGACAGGUUCCCGAGCCUAUGAGCGUUUUACAGGAAACCAGAUAGCAAAGAUUUACAGCCAGAAUCCUGAGGUCUACAUGCAAACUGAGAGAAUCUCCUUGAUUAGUAGUUUUGCAGCUUCCCUUUUCCUAGGAGCUUAUGCACCCAUUGAUUACAGUGAUGGUUCUGGGAUGAACCUGCUGCAGAUUUGGGAAAAGGCAUGGUCACUGUCCUGCCUUGAUGCUUGUGCACUUGGAUUAGAGGAGAAACUAGGAUGCCCUGUACCAUCCCAUUCAGUCCUGGGGCCCAUUUCUCCAUAUUAUUGCCAGCGUUAUGGGUUUAGUUCAGACUGUAAAAUAGUAGCAUUUACAGGAGACAACCCAGCAUCAUUGGCAGGGAUGAGGCUUCAAGAAGGAGAUAUUGCAAUUAGCCUUGGCACAAGUGACACAUUGUUCCUGUGGAUCCAAGAACCAACUCCUGCCUUAGAAGGUCAUAUCCUCUGCAAUCCUGUUGAUUCUCAAACAUUUAUGGCUCUUUUAUGUUUUAAGAACGGCUCUCUGAUGAGAGAGAAGAUCAGAGAUGACUGUGCUUCAGGCUCCUGGGAUGAAUUUUCGAAAGCCUUAUCAUCUACUGUUGCUGGAAACAAUGGAAACUUGGGUUUCUACUUUGAUGUGAUGGAAAUUACUCCUGAAGCAGUUGGGAUUCACAGAUUCAACAGAGACAACCAAAAGGUUUCAGACUUUACAAAAGAGGUGGAAAUACGAGCAUUGAUCGAAGGGCAGUUCAUGGCCAAGAGGAUUCAUGCUGAAAAGCUGGGGUAUAAAGUCAUGCCUAGAACAAGGAUUUUGGCUACUGGUGGUGCAUCCCACAAUAAAAAGAUCUUACAGGUCCUGUCUGAUGUGUUCAACGCACCAGUGUACACCAUCGAUACCGCCAACUCGGCUUGUUUAGGAAGUGCUUACAGGGCAAUUCAUGGACUUGUAGCUGAGACAAAUGUGUCCUUUGCUGACGUUGUGAAAUUAGCACCAGAGCCUAGAUUGGCUGUUACACCAACUGUUGGGGCUGAGGAGGUGUAUCCUCCACUUCUGAAAAGAUAUGCUGAGCUUGAACAGAAAGUUAUCUGCAACCCAGCCUUCUCUUGUCUUGUGAAAUAGAAGCAAACAAAAUUUAUAAGUUGUCUGAAGAAUGGACUCCCAAGGAGAAGAUCAGAAAAUAUUUGCUCAGAAUUUACUGGAGUUGUUUAAAUCAUUUUCUUCCUCUUUGUAGACAAAUUAUUUUUAAAUGUCUGUGUUUGAGUGUGUUGGUGGAAAAAAAUUACAUUGUGAUUUAAAACCUGAUUAAAAAAAGCAUCA